AUGGAAAACUAUUCUGCUCUUAUUAAUGGGGAUGAUCAUCAGCUGGACCUGCCUCCGGGCUUCCGAUUUCAUCCCACUGAUGAAGAGCUGAUCACUCAUUAUUUGUCCAGAAAAGUUGUUGAUAACAGCUUCUCAGCAAUAGCCAUUGGUGAAGUGGAUAUGAACAAGGUUGAACCUUGGGAUUUGCCCUGGAAGGCGAAAAUGGGGGAAAAAGAGUGGUACUUUUUUGGUGUGAGGGAUAAGAAAUAUCCUACGGGGUUGAGGACCAACAGGGCUACUGCAAAAGGAUACUGGAAAGCCACCGGAAAAGACAAGGAAAUUUUCCGUGGAAAAUCCCUUGUUGGAAUGAAGAAAACCCUUGUUUUCUACAAGGGAAGAGCUCCAAAAGGAGAGAAGACCAAUUGGGUCACCCAUGAGUUCAGAUUAGAGGGCAAAUUCUCUCUUCAAAAUCUGCCCAAAACAGCAAAGAAUGAGUGGGUAAUCUGCAGGGUGUUCCAGAAAACUGCUGGUGGGAAGAAAAUCCACAUAUCAGGACUCCUGAGGUCCAAUUCUAUUGAAACCGAAUUUGCUCCUUCUCUGCUGCCACCAUUGAUGGAUUCUCCAACCUACAAUGGAGCUUCAUCAAAGCCCACCAGCUUGCCGGAAUCUGGCCACGUGCACUGCUUCUCCAGCCCCUUUUCUUCUGCCCAGAACAAGAGCCUGCAGGAAGAUAUGCUGUUGAGUUAUUUCAGCAAUCCUGCUUUUGCACCUUCUACUUCCAAUCCCCUGGAUGUUUUCUCAAGAGGGCCUUUCUCGAAUGCAUUUUCUUGGACUCAGCUUGGUCCUGUUCAAGGGAAUUACCAAUUUCCAGGCUCAAUUCCAAUGCAAGAUACCUCAGCUCUGAGGACUUUGAUUGAAAGCUGUGGCCAGAAUAUGUUGAAACAAAGCUUCAAAACUGAGCAGCAGGAGAGGGUUAGUGCCUCUCAGGAGACAGGCAUAAGCACUGAUAUGAACACUGAAAUUUCAUCAGUUGUCUCAAAUCUUGAGAUGGGAAGAAAAUCAGCAGUUGAUCAGGCGCCACCAUCAACUUCAGUUGGGCCACAAGGCCUUGUUGAUUGUCUUUGGUACUGAAAUUCUUGAAAAAAAAAAAGA